UUCAUCUCUCGUUACUUAUUGCUGCUCCUUAUCGUCGUUUAAAUAUGCUUUCUGUUUAGCAAUCGUUCCUGUUCUGUUUCAUUGAACAGUUCUGAGUUUUUUGCAGCUUAAUUUUGUUUUUUUUGUUUUUAAGAAAAGAUGUAUGUAGUUGUUUGUUUUCAGAUAAAAUGUUUUUCCCAGAUGAAAUUCCUUUUUGAUUGAUGAAUCAGGACUUUAGAUGGAGAAAUUAAAUUUUAAAAAAUGGGGUGAAAUUUUGUUGAGGGUGGUUUGGAAGUUCAAUCUGCCCCAAUCUUCAGGAAAGAAAAGAAGAAAAAAUUGUUUUUGAAUUGGCUCACUUAGUUAAGUCUGCUGUCGAUCCCAAAUAUUAUUGGACCAGUUAUUUUGAAUUGGGCAUUGAUAGUUUCCCUACUUGAUAGUUUACUCACUUUGACCAAUGAAAUUUAUAGAUUAUCACCAGAAACAUUUGCUAGAUCAAUCUUCCUUUUGGGAGGCAAGGGUCAGAGUUACCUUUGGUCCUAUAUAUGUUGACUACAAAAUACAAGUUAUUGUACACUAAUUACACCUUUUCAUUUCUAACAAACCCAAGUUUUUGUUAUCCUGCUUGUUUUUGCGUUUCUUUUUGUUUUUGGUAAAUAUGGCUUGUCUUCCUGCUUCCAUUUGUGUAGGAAUUCCCGAUCCUUUUGCUUUUCAUUGCCUUUAUCUUACAUUUAAGAUGGAGAAUGAACGAAGAUGGGAGGGCUUAAAUGUGGACUGUUUGGUGAAUGUUUUUGGAAGAGUUGGGAUGCAGUCACUACUCUUGGAUGUUCCCUUUGUGUGCAAGUCAUGGUACACAGCAUCCCUGAGUCCUUCAUGCUGGGAAUGUCUCAUUUUUCCUGGUGGUUUUGAUGGCUUUGAUCUUCCAACUCACGAUCUUUGGAGUUCUGAGGGUGAACUUAGAACCUUUAUGGAUAGGUUUCGAUGUAUAUAUCGAAUUGAUGAGGAUCGUUUCUCUCUCACUGCAUUUCUAAAGGUUGUUGUCAAUCGUAGCAGAGGGCAUGCUACUGUUGUCCGGCUACCUGGAUUUUGUUCCGCGGAAGCAAUGAAAUAUGUUGCAGAUGUGUGUCCUCGCCUGAAGGCUCUGUACGUUGACAAAAUGAUUCCUGAACUAAUUGGAAAGUGGAAAGAUUUGGAGGAGUUGUUCUUGGGGAGCAGCAUUGGUGUUGAGAAAACCCUGUCAGAGAUCGGCAUUCACUGCAAGAAUUUUUGGCGUUUGCAUGUGGGUAAUGCCUAUAUAUGUAAUACUGAGGCAUUGGCAAUCGUCAAGUUGGUGCCUAAUAUUAAGCACUUGAGCUUGAGGCAGGCAGACAUUGAACGGGAUAAUCUUGUCACAAUACUACAGGGCUGCAAGGAGCUUGUGGCUUUGGAUGUCAGUGAUUGUAGAGGUUUUGACGAGGGCGAUGAUGAAAUAUAUAAGCUUGCUUCUCAUAUUACUAAUUUCAGGUGUGAGGGUUCCUCUUCUAAAUAUUCUUCUGAUUCCGAUGAUAACCUUGAUCGAAAUCCUGUCUAUUUUUUUGGAUAUGAAUCUGAUUAAAACAGAGUAGUAUGAUGCUCUCGCAGUGUCUCAUUUUUUGCGUCCAUUGAAACUGGUCGUUGUAAUUUUACUUCGAAAUCUAAAUUUUCGAAUUUUGACUCUGAUUAAUAAUAACCUCUACUUUAAUUUCCCUC